CGUGCAGUUCGCAAUUGCCGCUUAUUUUUAAAUACAAAGGAUUAUGGCCUAAGAUGACUAUUUUUUCGUUAUCUUCGGCGAAUUUGUGAUAAAACACGCACGUGUUAGGUAUACGUAUUUUUUUGUUUAGGUUUAGAUAAUGUUUCGCGAGGUUAAGAAGCUAAAAUUGGACUUUAAAUUUUGUAAAUUGUUUUAGUUUGUUUUGUAUUCUAAGUUUAGUGAAACGAGGAAACAUGAGUGGACUUGUAUUGGUGUCUUUGAUCGUCUUCAACCUUGGUUAUGUUAUAAAUUAUAAAUCAAGUAAUCACCAUCACGAAAAUUGGACCAAAGACUCUGAAUUGGACAGCAUGUUCUUCGACACUCCUCGGCACAACUACAACAACCACACCCAAGAGUACUCAGAUUGGUCGUUCUGGAGUAGAUGCUCACACUGUCUGCAGAGAAGAAUGAAGGAAUGUAUUAGUCCUACUUGUGACGGAUCGAGGAUAUACGAAGAAAGGCCUUGUAACAAAAAAAGAUGUAAAAGAAAAAACAAACAGAAGGAAAAGUUUCAGAUUGUUCAUUUAGAUGUGAACAGCAACUACCUGAUGAAACAAGCUCCUUCAGAUAUCUGGAGUCGGUGGAGUGAAUGGUCGCCAUGCAACAGAAACUGCAGAACGUUCAGAAAUAGGAAAUGUAAGAAACCUAGUAGAUGCGGAAAGCAAGUGCAGAAGGAGCAUGCUUACUGUUAUCACAGUAAAACCAAUUGCGAGGUGUACGUUCUAAACCUGUUAGAACAAAGCAGGAAUAAUGAUGCAAGAAGGUACCAUUACGACAGUAACAACCAAAACAUUACACAAAGGCAGCCCAGGAAAAGAAGACGAAAUCGAAGAUGCGGCGUACCUGCAAGAAAGUCUAAAAUGCUAAAAAUUAUAGGUGGAAUAGAAGCGAGAAAGUACAAAUGGCCUUGGCACGUCGCUAUUUUGAAUCAAUUUAGGGAAGUUUUCUGUGGGGGCACCCUCAUAUCUAAUCGCUGGGUCCUCACAGCUAACCACUGCAUCAGAAGAUACUUACGAGUUCGACUCAACGCACAUGAUCUCAGAGCCACAGAUGGAAGUGACGUCGAAAUGACAGUCUACAAGAUGUUUCCUCAUCCCAAAUUCAACUAUAAAACUGUAGAUAACGACAUCGCAUUGCUAAUGUUACCGAGAGCAGUCAAUACACCAAUCGCGUGCCUUCCCGCUAGAAAACCAAAGACGAGGCAGGUGUGCUCUGUUAUGGGUUGGGGGAAGGUUGAUCCCGAGGAUGUAUAUGGUGUUCCUGUGCUUCACGAAGCUAAGCUUCCUAUAGUACAUCAGAAAACCUGCAGAAGGUCCUACAAGCAGUUCCUCAUCAGCGACAACAUGCUGUGCGCAGGCUGGUACUCAGGCAGAGCCGACACCUGCGCAGGAGACAGCGGCGGAGGUUUGAUGUGUCCGACAAAAAGGAACAAACGCCUCAUCUACAGUAUUCAGGGUAUAACAAGUUUUGGUGACGGAUGCGGAAGAAGACAAAAAUACGGAAUCUAUACGACUGUGUACAAUUAUAUUGGAUGGAUAAAGUACAUUAUCGAUCACUAUUCGUAGUGGUUGUUGUUUUAAUGUCUCUGUUUAAAAGAGACGAUUUUGAUAUAAAGUGAGUUCCGUAUUUUGACAUAUUGUAAUGUCAAUUUAGCGUGAAAGUGAUAUUGUUGAUGCCGCAAAAGUAAUUUUAGUUUAAGCAAUACAAAAAGAUGUAAAUGUAUAAAAUUAUAGCUGAAAGCAAUAAAAAUUACUAUUUACUUGUCAAAACAUAUUACAUUUUCUCCUUGAGAUAGCAGUAAAAUCUGAAACAUUAGUUGUUAUAUUUGAUAUAAUUUAUAUAAAAUUCAAGCAAAGUAAUAAAUCAAUCACUUAACUAGCCUAAGUAGUGAUGCAUUCUAAUUAUACCAGAGCUAGCAGUCUGCUAGCAAUCUGACCAGACCAGUGUGCCACUAGAUAAUCUUGCAAGUGGAGAAGACAAAGAUGGAAGUUCCAGGACUGAAAGUAACACUCUAUAAUUUUAUGAUCUUUUUUGCUAAAAAAUAGGCGUAAAUUGAAUUUAUUUGCUCUUGGGUUUACUUGAACGAAGUAGACCAAGAAGUCCGAGCAGAUCGAAGUAUAUUACGCAGGUUUUAUGAAUUAGACAUUCUGGUUCUAUUAAAAAUAAAAUAGCAAAAAGUCAAGUUAAAAAUGAAAUAAAGUAUGUCUUUUAUCACCAUAUUAUAGCAUAUCAUGUCUUUAUCAAUAUGUUUUCAGCUAUAUUUUAUUCGUUUUCCUGAUUUUACUAACGCAGCAUAAACUGUUACAAAUACUAGUGAUAAAAAAGUAGUUAACGGCUUAUUAGCUCAGUUUAAUAUUCUAGUCAUAGUUACUAAAAGGUUUUACUAAAGAUUUUUGACAAUCUUAUAAAAAUAUAAGAAUAAUUAAUGCUUAUAUUGUUAAGAAUAAUAAAAUAAAUAUUUUUUCGGCGAUUUUACAACCUUAACGAGACAUAACGGAGAUGUAAAUAUUCAUUUCUGUACUGUAAGGAAGAAAAUGUCCUCACAGUGGCCAGUAGAUUUCAGUAAUUAAUAAAAAUGUAUAAACUAUGUCACAGAAGUUCAGAAAAAAAUUUCACAGUAAUGUAUAAUGGUCAAAAAUUAUUUUUAAAGUAUACCUACUUAUAUGCCCAGUUCAGCAAAAGCGCAUCAUACAAUUUAUACGAAUUAAAUCAAAACGUGUAACUGAAAGUUUUGUCGUAGAUGUAAGAAUCAAGACAUUAGGAAUUAGGUCAAAUCUGUAUGUUCAGUAAGGAGACCUGAGAGUUAUGUUGGAUUGGAUGCAGGUUUAUUUGGGUUACUUUUUAGUACUCCUAUUCUGCGAUGAAAACAAAAGGUGUAUAAAGCAUGCAUACUACCAGUACCUAUAGGUUAUAGACCGUAGCCUCACCAGGAAAUCUGGUAAAAAACUAGAAACAACGUAAAGGUCAAUGGAACGAAUUAUGCUUAGAAUAUCACUGAGAGAUGUGAUUAGAAACACCGAGAUAAGACAUUAAACGAAGAUCAGAGAUAUUGUGGAAGAAUCUACAGUAAUGUAAUGUCACUGGGUCGCUCACAUAGGUACGAAAGUAACAGGUGGACAGGAAGAAUCCUAGAAUCCACUGCUAGAAAGCAGUGUUAGCAAAUAGUGGAUUAGAUUGACUCAAGACAAAGAAAUAUGAAAGCUAUGUGAGAGAGACCCACAUUCAGGAGUGGAUAAAAACUUAUUGACAAAGAGAGAGAUUCCUUUCCGACCUGAAACCCAUACCAUUGUGACAUCAGUCUGUUUAGUUUAUCUCAAAAUUCCCUACUCACAACGAGUCCAACUCCUAAGAGGCCAUGCCCGCUUGUCUAUCUGUGCAUAUUUUCAUUGGCGGAUUAAUUCUAUGGAAGGUUGUCACUCCAUAUUUUGCGCGGUCAUCAAAAAAAUUUAAAAGAAUAUUUUCCGCAACAAAAAAUGUGAUUUUUGGAAUUUGUUUGUCAAAAAAAUUCGCUCGGCACCCUCCAGAGUUUUUUAAAGGGGACAUUUUUACGGGAGCAGUCUCACAACAUGGACUAUUUAUUAUUUACAACUGCAGUCAAAUUUUUCGUUGAGCCUAAAAAAUGUGAAUUAUAAUUAUUUAAAACAAAUAGUUUUCAGGGUCCAUUUAAUAUUUUAUAAAAUGCCAUUGCUUUGUACUACAUUAAUUUUUUAAUACUUAUAAGUAGGAUGAGUGAGAAUAACGUUAAAUGUAAAUCAUUUUUGUAAACAGUUUAUUACACCUUCUGUGUUUAAAACAUCUCUGGAUUUUUGCAUUUGGUUUUUUUAAUACUUAAAAAUAUAUUAUCAAGACUUUUACAAAGAUGUCUUUCCCUAUAGAAAUCAUUGUCACAGGCUCUUGAAGUAUCUCUAUUUAGGAGAAAAAACAUGCAUUUUUAGCUGACAUUCCCAUUUGUUCUGCUGUGAUUAUUAUUAGUAGAAGAUCCCACUGCAACGCCUUUUAAUUCAAAUAAAAGUAAUUCAUUUCUGAACAAAACUUUUAUUUCGUGUUCAUGUUUUUUAUCUCAAAUUAAAGCAAUUUUUUUUUAAUCUGUUGAUAUAAGGUGGCCUGAGAAAAAGUGGUUGCAAAUUAAAGUUGCCAGCUGUUAAAAACCCGAGGCAUCAAAGAUAAAGUAAAAUAGAGUUAGGGCGCAACGACACUGGUUUGACAAGUGAUAAUGUAUAAAUUAUUAUGUAUCUAUUGACGCAUGCUUUAAAAACUCACACAACUGACAGUAGCGUUGGGCGCUAGCUGUCUUUUUACUUUAUCAUUGAAUCCUCGCGUUUUUAAUAGCUACAACCCCAAUUUGUGACCAUUAUUUCUCAGGCAACCUCCAGAUUAAGAAGAAACUUAGCUUUCAUUUGAUAUAAAAAAACAUUCAUAAAUGUCAUGAGUAGCGUAUUUUAUUUAAAAAAUAAAUAAACAAAAUAAAAUUUUGUUCAAAACUCAAUUACAAUUAAAUUAAAAAUAUUUGUGGUUACUUUUUAACUGACAACCUAUUAUCAAUGUAUUCUCCUAAAUGUGAAAAUGUGAGUUUAAUUAACUACGUUAUGAACGCAGUGAUCAUGCAGUGGGUUCUUUUAUUUCUUGUUUUAUUUCACAUCCAACCCAUUUCUGAGAACUCAAAUCCUGUUCUGUCCUGUCCAUUCUGAGAACUCCAAAGCACCAAAUCAAUAACGUACCUGCGACAUCAAGAAUUGGAUAUAUUUCAUGGAUGGAGUGCUACCCUUUGUGCACGUUUUCGAACUUCAUAAAUAAAAAUAAUUUUAAUGUUUUCUUAAAAACAGUAAACCAUAUUUUAGUAAGUAAUAGAAAAACAAAUUUUCAAAACAGAAAUAAAUAAUUAGUUUGAAAAUGACAACGUGGUGUCAUACUCAAUUAUCAGUUGUGACUUAAUUCUUGUACAUUUUCUAAUGAUAUCUGUGUGAUAUAACAAAAUUUUGGAAAAACGUAUUAUACUAAAAUUGUAAUUUUAAUCAUCUCUUGACUGCCACAUAGAUAUAGGAAUAGUUUAAGCUUUUAAUAAAACGAUUCUAGAAAAAUUAGAUAAUUUUGUAAAUAAAUAAAAUGUGGAUAACAC